UAAUAAGAAAAGAAAUAUCUCUGUUUGAUUAUAUAUUAUAAAGUAGCAACGCGAAACAAUAUGCAAAGAAAAGUUAUAUUUGUAGCACCAAAUGUUGCACAAUACCGCUCGACUCGAGAUCGCGCAUUGGCUUAGGUACAAAAACGAAUAUAUAUAUGCGAUUUCUCACGAUACUAAAAUAAAAUAAGUAUUUCAGUAUUGCCGCAGUGGUGCUACACCAAGUUCCUAUAAUUUUCAUUCUCGUAACACAUAUAUUAAAUGUAACGAACGCAAGAUCUGAAUAACCGUUAUUUGGUAAAAAUUUUUAUAUGCUUCUUGGAAAAAAAAAUCUAAUUAAAAUACACAAGCGACAAAGUUGGAUUAAGUGGAGUUUUUUCGUAACGUAGCAACAGCAACGUCUUUAAGUGGAAGUAGUGGAACCGAUAUAAGAGCAGGGACACAGUGAUAAUUGAGACUAUUCGUAUAGUUUAAUCCUAACAGUGUACACCGAGUUUGUCGAGACAGUCUGUGCAGAAGCGAUCACAGCGAUGACCUGGCUGAAAAUCUUAUCUUAUUACAGUCUGAGCACCGUAAUAGUUCUUUCUGCACAAUAUACGGGCGACUCCGACUACAACGAUUUUGAUUUCUAUGAAGAUUUAUCAACGGACCACUCGAGAAAUAUUAAUAAAGAAUACAAUGUCGCGCAAGACAAUUUUUACGUUGCAAACGAUUUCGACGAUGCAGAAUAUCAGGACGGCGCGUAUCCUAGCUCAAACUUCGCUGUUUUUAAAGACAAUAUCGGUUCUUUUGAAAGGAGUCCCUUCAAUAAGCAGUUUGACUGGCACAAACUGCCCGAGAAAGUUUACAGAUACACCAAACAUCGAAUUCCCGGGUACGACUACGACGAAUUCGGUUACAUGCGUUCUAAGAAUAUUCAGGAGUGUGACGACAGAUCGGUCUGGACGCAUUGUCUCUGCCAAUUCACAUGUUCGAAACCGGAUGAAGUAGACUGUUACACGCCAUGCAGAAGCGGAUGCGAGUGCAAGGAAGAGUACGUUUUUGACGAGAAAAUACAGAGGUGCCUGUUACCCGAGGAAUGCUCGACGAAAAAUUACAAUUACAAUUACUAAACUUUAUAUCGACAUAUAUUUACGCUCUCAACGUUUAUUGAGUUACUCUUCUUCGCAAUUGCGGGAAAUAAGGUUGACUGUGUAUCGUGUCGCGAAAGCAUCAAUCGUGGUAGCUCACCUUACUGUCCAUCAAUUUUGCUAUUCUCGUAAUAUGCGGCACAAAGUCUGAAGAUAAGUUAUUGUUAUCCAUACAGCCUGCCGCUGCAUCUCCGACAAAUGCCCAUUUAUACCUGUAAACAAGCGGGACAAUACAGAUUAUCUCGCAAUGAAA